AUGGCGGAAUCUUCUGAAGCUCCUCCUGAAGAAACAACUCCACCGCCAUCUCAAGUUCCUCCGGCCAAAUCCUCAACUAAAAGGAGAGGUUUCAUUAGCCCUACAAGCAGUUUUGUAGAUUUUACAGAGUUAAAAACAGAAUAUUACAGUGAUGAAGGUUAUCAGCUUGCUCCCUCUUACAAUCCACAUGUUGGAAGACGAAUAAAAAAACCUAUAACAGACUUUGAAACCUGUACUCACCUGCUGAAGGGCAGUAUUGGAGCAGGUAUUCUUGCAAUGCCCAAGGGUUUUUACCACGCAGGAAUUAUCACAGGCUUCAUCGGCACUAUUCUUCUCACCGCCAGCGUUAUAUAUGCCAUAGACACAUUAAUAAGAAUGCAGUACAUCCAAUGCAAAAGGUUACAGGUUCCGUUCCUUACAUUGCCCCGGUCAAUGAAAAUAGGACUUUUAAACGGUCCUCGCUGUCUUCGAAAACUCGCUUGGAUUGCCCCAAUCAUAGUGGAUUUUUUUCUUGUGGCUUACCAACUCGGAACUUGCACAGCUUAUGUCAUUUUUAUAGGCCAAUCGAUGAAACAUAUAGCAGAGCCUCGACUAGUGGAGAACUUGGACCUGCGAAUCUAUCUGCUGAUAAUCUUUGUUCCAGUGGUUCUCAUCAAUUACAUUCGAAAUUUGAAAAGGCUGACUCCCGUCUCGUUUGUAGCCAACAUUCUCACCAUCAUCGCAUUCAGCUCCUGUUUCUACUACAUCUUUUGUGUUGGACCGUUCAAAUAUGAAGAGACCAACUUAGUGUCCUCUGUGACUACUUGGCCUCUCUUCAUCGGUGUCGUUCUGUUUGCCAUAAAUGCCUUUGGGGUGAUAAUAGCACUGGAACACCAUAUGGUGACACCUGCACAUUUCUUAGGCUGCAAGGGGAUAUUCCCGUGGUCUCUGCUAACAGUGAUGUGUCUGUACAUAAUGGUUGGAUUCUUCGGAUAUGUGAAGUACGGGAAGAGUAUAGAUGAAACCAUCAUUGCUUCUUUGCCUAGAAACGAGUGGUUGUCUCUGACCAUAGAAGGAGUGUAUGCCAUCUGUAUCUACGGCUCUUAUCCACUCCAAUGCUUCGUCUCCUUGGAGAUAAUCUGGGGGAAUUAUUUAGUCAAGUUUAUAAAAGAUCCAAACAAAGAAUGCUGUAUCGAAUACCUGAUGAGAACCAUUGUCGUAAUCGUAACUUUCAUGGGAGCUACCCUCAUCCCUCACGUCGACAUCGCCGUCUCCCUGGUCGGAGCUUUCUGUCUCUCCACACUCGGGAUGGUUUUUCCCUUUCUCCUGGAGAUGUGUACACUCUGGCCCGAUCAGCUCGGCUGCUGCUACUAUGUCGUCAUCAAAGACAUCUGCUUCAUCAUUCUUGGCUUUUCCAUCCUAAUCCUCGGAACCUACAUCUCAUUGUAUACUGUUAUCACAACAUAA